CUCCAUCCGCCAUGUUGGAUGCCGCAGAUUCGCCAUAACCUCGGCUGCGCUUUUCUUAAAAAAAUUUAAAAAGUCAAAGCGAAGCCUCCGCUGGGCGGCCCGACUUCUCAAAGGACUUGAGAGAGAGUCCCGGAAGAGUCUAUGCUUUUUUUUCCUCCGCGGUCCGGACGUUGCCAUGGAGACGCGGGCGGCAGAAAAUACGGCUAUCUUCAUGUGUAAAUGUUGUAACCUUUUCUCACCAAGCCAGUCGGAACUCCUCUCCCAUGUUUCUGAGAAGCAUGCUGAAGAGGGAGUCAAUGUGGAUGAGAUCAUCAUUCCUCUCAGGCCUCUCAGUACUCCCGAGCCCACCAACACAAGCAAGACCAGAGAAGAGCUUUCGGUGAUGAAGAGGAAGAGAGGCAGGCCUAAGGGAUCCACCAAGAAGCCCAGCCCUGAAGAGGACCUGGUAGAAAACCCAGUCCAUCCCAGUGAGAACAGUCCUCUGGCCUCGCAGGAGGGGAGCAGCCUAGCACCCAGCAGCCUGGAGUGUAGCAAGUGCUGCCGGAAAUUCUCUAAUUCACGUCAGCUGAGGAAGCACAUCUGCAUCAUUGUGCUGAGCAUGGGUGAGGAGGAAGGAGAAACAGGAAAUGAAUCUGACCUGGAACUGGAAAAGAAGUGUCAGGAUGAUGACCGCGAAAAGGCCCCAAAGAGACCUCGGUCACAGAAAACAGAGAAAGUCCAGAAGAUUUCAUCAGGAAAGGAGGCUGGGCAGAUUUCUGGAGCAAAGAAACCCAUCAUAAGUGUGGUUUUAACUGCCCACGAAGCUAUUCCAGGUGCUACCAAGAUUGUUCCAGUAGAGGCUGGGCUCCCAGAGACAGAAACUGCCAGCCCUGAGACCACUCCAGCGGACCUGGCACCCCGUAGGGGGUACCAGGAAUAUGCUAUUCAGCAGACCCCCUAUGAGCAGCCAAUGAAGUCAAGCAGGCUCGGUCCCACGCAGCUGAAGAUCUUCACCUGUGAAUACUGCAACAAGGUCUUCAAGUUCAAACACUCGCUGCAGGCCCAUCUGAGGAUCCACACCAACGAGAAGCCGUACAAGUGCUCCCAGUGCAGCUACGCCAGCGCCAUCAAGGCCAACCUCAACGUGCACCUGCGUAAGCACACCGGUGAGAAGUUUGCCUGUGACUACUGCCCUUUCACCUGCCUGAGCAAAGGCCACCUCAAGGUGCACGUGGAGCGGGUGCACAAGAAGAUCAAGCAGCACUGCCGCUUCUGCAAGAAGAAGUACUCGGACGUGAAGAACCUCAUCAAGCACACGCGGGACUCGCAUGACCUGCAGGAUAAGAAGGUCAAGGAGGCCCUGGAUGGGCUGUGCCUGAUGACCAGAGAGGGCAAGCGGCAGCUGCUCUACGACUGCCACAUCUGCGAGCGCAAGUUCAAGAACGAGCUGGAUCGGGACCGCCACAUGCUGGUCCAUGGGGACAAGUGGCCCUUCGCUUGCGAGCUCUGUGGCCACGGCGCCACCAAGUACCAGGCGCUGGAGCUGCACGUCAGGAAGCACCCCUUCGUGUACGUCUGCUCCGUAUGCCUCAAGAAGUUCGUCAGUUCCAUCCGGCUGCGCUCCCACAUCAAGGAGACGCACGGGGCUGCCCAGGAGAACCUGGUCUUCACCAGCUCCAUCAACCAGAGCUUCUGCCUCCUGGAGCCAGGGGGUGAUAUUCAGCAGGAGGCCUUGGGGGACCAGCUGCAGCUGGCAGAGGGAGAGUUUGUGUUCCAGGGGGUCAGUACACCCACACCUCCGGAGGUGGCCUGCCCCGGGGAUGUGCAGCCUGAAGAGGGUCAGAAGGAGCCAAUGGUCCCUGUGGAAGUUCCCGUAGGACCCGCACGCUUAGCCGACUCCCAGGCUGAAAGUGCCGUCCUGCCACCCAGUGAGCCAGAAGCCGCGGUGGUCUCCUCAGAUCUUCACUCGCACGUGGUGGCUGCUGGUGAGUUUCUGCUGAAAAACAAUGCCUCGCCUGCUGAGGCUCACAAGGACACCCUACACAGAGACCCCACGCAGAGUCAGGGCGAUGGCGUCACACUCUUGCUCCCCAAGGUCAAAAGGGAGGAAGUGAAGCAGGAGACUCAGAGUGCCAACUGCCCUCCCGGGGAUGGGCAGAAAGGGAGUGCCCUCCUGCCAGAGUGUCCAGAUCCCAGUCCAUGUCUCAGGUCAGAGCAGGAUAAAGCUCCCAAGCGACCUCCAGUAGCCGGUGAUGGGGACAGAGCCCUGAGCCAGCCUGACCCUUGCCCUCCCACCUCUGAGCAUCAGGCUGGUGUCACCGCCUUUAUGAAGAUCCUGAACAGUCUACAGAAGAGGCGAAUGAACACUGGAUUGUGCGAGAGGAUCCGGAAAGUGUACGGAGACCUGGAGUGUGAAUAUUGUGGCAAACUUUUUUGGUACCAAGUGCAUUUUGAUAUGCAUGUCCGCACCCACACCCGGGAACAUCUGUAUUAUUGCUCCCAGUGUCAUUAUUCUUCCAUCACCAAAAACUGCCUUAAACGCCAUGUAAUUCAGAAACACAGUAACAUCUUGCUGAAGUGUCCCACUGACGGCUGUGACUACUCGACUCCAGAUAAAUAUAAGCUGCAGGCACAUCUUAAAGUUCACACAGAGCUGGACAAAAGGAGUUAUUCUUGUCCUGUGUGUGAAAAGUCUUUCUCAGAAGAUCGAUUGAUAAAGUCACAUAUCAAGACCAACCACCCCGAGGUCUCUAUGAGCACCAUUUCUGAGGUUCUUGGGAGGAGGGUGCAGCUGAAAGGACUGAUUGGAAAGAGAGCCAUGAAAUGCCCAUAUUGUGAUUUCUACUUCAUGAAGAACGGCUCAGACCUUCAGCGGCAUAUCUGGGCACAUGAAGGUGUGAAACCCUUCAAAUGUUCUCUGUGUGAGUAUGCAACUCGUAGCAAGAGUAACCUCAAGGCUCACAUGAAUCGUCACAGCACUGAGAAGACCCACCUGUGUGACAUGUGUGGCAAGAAGUUCAAGUCCAAAGGGACGUUGAAAAGUCACAAGCUGCUUCACACGGCCGAUGGGAAGCAGUUCAAGUGCACGGUGUGUGACUACACGGCGGCCCAGAAACCACAGCUGCUACGGCACAUGGAGCAGCACGCCUCCUUCAAGCCUUUCCGCUGUGCCCAUUGCCACUACUCAUGCAACAUCUCCGGCUCUCUGAAGCGGCACUACAACAGGAAGCACCCCAAUGAGGAGUACACCAACGUGGGGACCGGGGAGCUGGCCGCAGAUACCCUCCUCCAGCAAGGUGGUUUGAAGUGUCCUGUUUGCAGCUUUGUAUAUGGCACCAAAUGGGAGUUCAAUAGGCACUUGAAGAACAAGCAUGGACUGAAGUUGGUAGAAAAUGAAGGUGAUCCCAAGUGGGAGCCAGCAACAGAAUCUCCUGAAGAGCCUUCCACCCAGUAUCUACACAUUACAGAAGCUGAAGAAGAUGCCCAAGGCACACAGGCUGCUGUGGCAGCUCUCCAGGACCUGAGAUAUACCUCAGAGAGUGGUGACCGACUUGACCCCACAGCUGUAAACAUCCUCCAGCAGAUUAUUGAGCUGGGCGCUGAGACCCACGAUGCCACUGCUGUCGCCUCAGUGGUUGCCAUGGCACCAGGGACGGUGACUGUUGUGAAACAGGUCACUGAGGAGGAGCCCACUUCCAACCACACAGUGAUGAUCCAGGAGACCCUCCAGCAGGCCUCCGUGGAGCUGGCAGAGCAGCACCACCUGGUGGUGUCCUCUGACGACGUGGAGGGCAUCGAAACAGUGACCGUCUACACGCAGGGUGGGGAGGCCUCCGAGUUUAUCGUCUACGUGCAGGAGGCCGUGCAGCCCAUGGAGGAGCAGGCCAUGGGGCAGCAGACCCAGGAGCUCUAGAGGACACUCACUCUGGGUCACAUGGCGCUGCAGGGCAGGGCUGCCGGGCUCUGCAAGGCACAGGGGGUGCAGGCGGCACCCCAGGCAGGGAGGGAGAUGGAAACGGGGUGCUCUCCUUGGAGGUUCGCCUCUUCUCUCCACCCGGGCUGCCACAUGGGUUCUCUUUGUCCUGCAUUGGGUGGCUGAGGUGAUUCACAUCACCAGCAAUACAGAACCCUUGCUGCUCCCCCACCUCCCAACCCAGACAGACAGACAGACAGACAAGACAGACAGACACACACACACACACACACACACCUUUACCUUUGUAGGAUCUACUUCUGGAGAGACCUUUGUAUCAACUGACCAGACGUGGCCCACACCAAAUUGCCCCUUUGCUUCAAGAUGAAAAGAAGAGACACCCGCUUCCCAGCCUGUCCGUUUUCUCCUGCGUCUCACCCGCCCCCAACCCCGUGACUCCCACCCUGGUGCCAGCUCCUCAUCCACAGUUGCCCUGCAACUGGGUGAAAGGAAGACAGCUAUCACAGAGAAAAUGCCCUUCCGGUGUUUCUUCAUAACCUCUUGGGGAUCUCGGUGGGGUCCUGGUUUUACCUACAGUCUUCUGCCUCUUUCAUCUAUCUCCCCAGGGCACUGUGAUGGUGUGAAGUCUCCCCCCUAUUUGAGGACCCUGCCAUUCCUGUCAGAGAUGAGGUCUUAGUUGCUACCUGGGAUUCUUCUGGCUUUAAAACACAUGCACUUUUUCCUACUGCCCAUGUCCUAGUUCAGGAAUGGAAACAGAGAGGAUAAAAACACUGAGUAGCUCAGAACACCAUGAGUUGAUGACCUGCAUUUCCCUUUCUUACAUUGAAAUCCUGCCUUUGGGUCUGACCUAGUCACACUCCUUUGAAGACCCAGGCCCUUAAAAUGAUGCUCUUUCCCCUUUGAAGCACUCGGAUUCAGUCUGGGCUCCAUGGAUUGAAGCCAACAUUUGGGCUCUUUGUUUCCUGGUGCCCAGCAUCUGCCCUGCUGCCAGCUGAGACAUGGCAGUGCCCCUCUGGUUCACUUUGUACUCAGGAGAAGCGACACAUCGACAAUCAGCAGCCCUCAGACACACUCGUGUUUGACUCGGGCCUCCAUCCAGGUGCUCUCGAGAAACUCCAUACCUUCGGGGAGCUCCUGCCCUGUGCCCAGCAUGGAGGGAGGAUCAUGGUGCACCCCACUCAGCCCUGGGUCUUCUCAACUUCGAACCCUCACCAUCCGACUCACUAGGGCUCAGACUUACUUUCCCUGAUGCCCCUCUUCAAAUGAAAUCGCACAUGAAGUGUAUCUAAGCAGACGUACAGGGAGCGGAAAAUACUACUCAUUCUGGGCCAGGAGGGUGGAGGCCCUGGGCUUGGUCCACCUUGUCGGCACCCUUUCUCCUCUGGGGUAAAACUUAAAAUCUUCUUCUCAAAUACAGGGAGAAAGUGGCCUCUUGCCCCAAGCAAGGAAGGGAAGG